AUGUUGGCAUGCUAUUUGGGAAAGACUGAUAUAGAUAGAAAUGUGAUGCUUAAAUACAGAUGCGAAAUUGCCAAGAACGAAAUGCCGGAAAAAAUAUCCAUGAAGCAUUGGAGCCCUCCAAACCUGAGCUUGUUUGAGGACUAUCUUAUGCAUGAGGAGGAGCUUCCCGUGGACAACUUUCUUAUAAUAAUAACGCUGUAUCGGCACUAUAGCGCAAACCAAAUCAGCGAAGGUAGACAAACGCACCCUAAGGACCUGCAAGUCCGCGUGGAGUGGAAGUUGCCUGCGCCGGAUGAGGCUGCGCCGCCCCCGCUUGGCGCCGGCCUUUUUCCGGUUCUUACGUCGGAAACGCUUCCCUUUUUUUCCAUAUGGAAGUGCGAGUUUAUAAAAAGCAUGGAGAUAUACAGCGUGCCGCCUACGGAGCGCCUGCGCAUACUAAAGUACUGUCUAGAGCCAAGCCUUCUGGGCGCAGUAGGCCGGUUUGUGACGUACGAUGACAGCAUGGGCUUUCUGACGCAGCAUGCACACACCGUGUCUGCGCACGUGAAGGAGGAGAGCCACAAGCAGAAAGAGUAUCUCUUUUUCCGGAACUAUCUAGGGGCAGUUGACGUGAAGAUCGACGCGCAGGUGUACCUAGGCGGUGUGCAGCCAGAGGAGAGAGGCGCGGCUUGGUCGUCUGAAAUGCAGUCUGGCCUGUCCAUGUUUACCUACAGCUACAUUGCGAAGAGGAUGGAGGAGGGGCAGGCCGAGGAGGACAUAAUAAAGGAAAUCGGCAGAAAGGAGCUAAGCAUUGCCAGCCAGAUGCUGUGCUACAUCCAGAGCAACCCAGACGCGCUUGAAAGGUCGCUGCAGCACAUGAACGAGGAGGAGGCCAUACACGCCAAGACAAACAUUCUGAAAGGAAAAAGCCGAGACUGCGCACAAAAAGACAGCAAGGCCCAGGAAACCCGCAAGCCCACUCUCGACGCAUACUGUGUAUACCACAAGACAGGCCGGCACAACACAAAAGACUGCCUGGUACUAAAGCAGAAAAAGGCGCAAAGCCAAGCAAAAGAGAUGCCAAAGUAG